AGCCUUUGGGCAAAUUCUUAGAAGAAAUAUAAAGGAACACAAAAUCCCCCGAAGCUUCAUUCACUCUGAUUUUCUCACAAAUCCAUAACGAAGCAAAUCAAAGGGCUCUGUACUUCUUCUACGAAACAUGGGUUCAGAUGCUGAUAUGGAGGAUUACGGAUUUGAGUAUUCGGACGAGGACCAGGAGGAGCAGGAUGUUGAUAUUGAGAAUCAGUAUUACAAUUCAAAAGGUAUGGUUGAGACGGAUCCAGAGGGUGCACUUGAGGGAUUCGCGGAGGUGGUACAAAUGGAACCUGAGAAGGCAGAAUGGGGUUUUAAAGCUCUUAAGCAGACAGUCAAAAUUUAUUAUCGUUUAGGGAGGUAUAAGCAGAUGAUGGACGCUUACAGGGAAAUGCUUACUUAUAUUAUAUCAGCGGUAACGCGAAAUUACAGCGAGAAGUGCAUCAACAACAUAAUGGAUUUUGUCUCUGGCUCAGCUAGUCAGAAUGUUGGUUUGUUGAGGGAGUUCUAUGAAACCACACUGAAAGCCCUUGAAGAGGCUAAAAAUGAAAGGUUGUGGUUUAAGACAAAUCUUAAGCUUUGCAAGAUCUGGUUUGACAUGGGUGAGUAUGGUAAAAUGAACAAGAUUAUGAAGGAGCUUCACAGAUCUUGUCAAAAAGCUGAUGGUACUGAUGAUCAAAAGAAAGGGACUCAGCUCUUGGAGGUUUAUGCUAUUGAAAUUCAAAUGUACACUGAGACAAAGAACAACAAAAAGCUGAAGGAAUUGUAUGGGAAGGCUCUUACAAUCAAAUCAGCUAUCCCACAUCCUAGAAUAAUGGGAAUAAUCCGUGAGUGUGGUGGGAAAAUGCAUAUGGCACAAAGACAGUGGGCAGAGGCAGCUACUGACUUCUUUGAAGCUUUUAAGAACUACGAUGAAGCUGGUAAUCAACGGCGCAUACAGUGCCUGAAAUACUUGGUGUUGGCCAACAUGCUUAUGGAAUCACAAGUUAAUCCGUUUGAUGGGCAGGAGGCAAAACCGUACAAAAAUGACCCAGAAAUCUUGGCCAUGACUAAUUUGAUUGCUGCAUAUCAACGAAAUGAGAUAUUGGAAUUCGAGAAAAUCCUUAAGAGCAAUAGAAAAACUAUCAUGGAUGAUCCAUUCAUUAGAAAUUAUAUUGAGGACUUGUUGAAGAAUAUAAGGACUCAAGUGUUGCUGAAACUCAUUAAACCAUAUACACGGAUCAGGAUUCCUUUCAUAUCGAAGGAGAUUAACGUACCAGAAGGUGAAGUGGAAACGUUAUUGGUGUCACUGAUACUGGAUAACCGGAUACAAGGUCAUAUUGACCAAGUAAACAAAUUGUUGGAGCAUUGCGACAGGUCAAAGGGGAUGAAGAAGUAUACAGCUAUUGAUAGAUGGAACACACAAUUUCAGUCUCUUUAUCAAACCAUUAGCAAUAAAGUGGGGUAAAAUCAGUAUUCAACUGAAGUUUUUAUUUUAUUUUAUGAAGAUUAGAAGCCAGCUACAAAGAGGACAAGAAGAAAAAGUUUACUAGGUUUCUCUUGUCUAUUUAUGUUUUCAACUUCACAAAUUUAGCUCUUUGUACUUUCCAUCCUCAAUUUUUGAAUUGAACUCUUUGAGAAAUUUUAAGAAUUUGAGUACUUUCUUUGAUGCAAUCUCUUACAAGCUGUGAGCUUAUAAA